CGCACUCCUCCAGCCUCAAGGAGAACCUCAAGUCCCACUUCCUCCUCAAACACCCGGGCUGUGACCCUGGCGUGUUGAUGGCGCCGAUGCCGCACAGAUGAAGGUGAAGGCGCCCCCCGCCGCUUGCCCGCUGCUGUUUCCGCCGCGUCUCGCUCGGAGGCUUUCCGCUAAGGGCUGUGCGCUCGUCGGGGACCAGGUGACCUAAGACUUUAGUGUAUGGUGUAUUUUGUUGGUAAGGGAGGCAGGUGUCCGUCUCUGAGGCGUGCGCGGAAGAGUGGCUGGUCGAUGGUGUACCUUAAGACUCGGCGGCCCGAGGGCGAGACACAUCAGAGGCACGACUGCCAGCCCUGCAGUGCUCAUGUGGCCUUUCUCUUGUUCUAGGGCGGCGUGGAAUGGCUGGACUGUUCUUGGCCCAUAGGGGAUGAGGGGAGUAGGUCCCAGGCCUCCUCGGCGGCAAUGUCCCUGCCAACACAGAUGCCCCUUCCCUUGUCUUCCUCCUCCACCACCUCCGCCUCGAGCUCGUCGGGCCCAUCCCUCAGGCUGGCCCUGGGCGGGAUGUGUGGCCCUAGACCACCCCAGCCGCCGCCGCCUCAACAGCCGCCGCAGCCUCCGCAGCCGCUGCUGCAGCCGCAGGGGAGCGUCCAUCCUCCCUCAGUCGGGCACGACCUGAUCCAGCGCAAGGGCGGAGGCGAUUACGUGUGCGGGUACUGCGGCAAGAACUUCGUGGCGCCGGCCUUCCUGCGGCGCCACAUCCGAGCGCACACGGGGGAGAAGCCCUUCAAGUGCCCCCACUGCGACUUCCGGGCCACGCAGAAGGGCAACCUCAACAGCCACAUCAUCAAUAGACAUAACGCACCGACCGUGUGAU